AUGAAACGGUAUAGUGCUCGGGACAAGUGUUACGGGGUUAACGCCAACGGACCGCCGUCAUCGACGGAGAUUACUAGAUUAUUAGGUUUCUUCGCCGGCCUUGGCUGGAGCGGUGACGGCUCGCGGCGCGCCUCGAGGAGCGCGAACAGCGCGGCGACGACGACGACGUCGUCGACGGCGAGCGACGUGCCGGCGCCGCUGACGCCGCACCGUCGUCCCCGGCUGCACUGUCCGUCGCGACACGCCGCCAGUCGCAACAACAAUCACCCGAGUAUCGGCAGCGGUGGCGGUCUGGCGCAUCACGAUCGCCGCCACAAUUGCUCGCGAUGCGGUAAGAGUUACAAGAACGCGUACAUCCUGAAACGGCACCUGCUAUACGAGUGCGGCAAAGCGCCGUCCUUCAGUUGCCCGCACUGCGCCUUCAGCUCUAAGUACGAGCGCAAUCUCAAGGCGCACAUCAACCACCGGCACGUCGAUCUGCAAUCCGCGUUGCCCGGCAUCGCCGUCGGCCAGCAACACUUUCAAUAUGAACAACAUUGGGAUAAUUACAAGCCCUUCGUCUGCGGCCGCUGCGGUAGAAAGUAUAAAUGGAAGGCGUCUUUGCAGUGCCACCAAAGAGACGAGUGCGGCAAGGAGCCGCAGUACAAGUGCUACUAUUGCGAUUACAAGACGAAAAUACGAUCGAAUUGGACUCGCCACGAGAAAACUCACAUGAAACAACGUGGACGCAAACAAACAUCUGGGGUCACGGUCUAG